GCAGUCGUUCGCGCCGGAAUGCCAUUACAUAUUUUCCAGCACUGGAGAGUAGCCGGCGUCGGUCUUUCGUUGUAGAGCAUUUUUGGACUGCACGUUUUUUCUUAAUAAUUCUAAAAAAAUAACAAUAUUUCAACAUGUCUAUGUUCUGGGGAUUAUGUAUGAAGCCUAACCGCAAAUACACACAGACUAUUGUGAAGUCUUUUCACAUUUCUGGUGUCGCCCUCGAUGAUGGCGCAUCCGCCAAACUUUACAUUACGGCUGACAAAAAUAAGUUCAUUGUGGCAUCUUUAAGCAAAGCCAUGCCGCAAGUGCCUUUGGACUUGAACUUCUGCAAGGGCGACAAGAUUAUGUUCCAGACAACUGGCGACGCCACAGUGUCAUUGAUUGGUUAUCUACAUGAUUCUGAUUUAUCUGACGACGAAGAGUACGAUGACGAUGAAUAUGCAGCUCUUGCCGAAAAGUUGCAGAAGAAGGGUGCCGCUAAGGGUGACGAGAAUGAUUCCGAGUCGGAGGAAGAGAGCGAUGAGGAAGAGGAGGAUGAUGACAAACUAGCUGCCGAAUAUUCAUCAUUCCUUGAGGGCGAUGAAUCUGGUGAGGAUGAGGAAGAUGAUUCCGAGGAUGAUGAUGAUGAAGAUGGAGAGGGAGAAGAAGAGGAGGAGGAAUCUGAUGAAGAGGAUACACCCAAGGCCAAGAAGGCCAAAAUUGCUGAAAGUGCCAAGAAGCCAGCCAAGGAACAGAAUGGUGUAUCUAAGGGGGAACAAAAGCAGCAGCAACAGCAAAAAUCGAAAAAGGAUAAGAAGGCGGCUGCCGCACCCGAGGCAAAGAAAGAGCAGCCCAAGGGAAAGGAGAGCAAACAACAGCCUGCUGGAGAGCGCACAAUAGCCGGAGGUGUUAAGGUCCAAGAUAUGAGCGCUGGCAACGGCCCCGAAGCCAAGCAAGGCAAACGCGUGUCCGUCUACUACAUUGGACGACUUAAGUCGAACAACAAGACCUUUGACAGCAUGCAGAAGGGCAAUGGAUUCAAGUUCGCCCUUGGAGCUGGCGAGGUUAUCAAGGGUUGGGAUGUUGGCGUUGCUGGCAUGAAGGUGGGCGGCAAACGUCGCAUCACUUGCCCUGCCCAUAUGGCUUAUGGAGCUCGCGGUCACCCGCCAACCAUUCCGCCGAACUCGACCCUCGUGUUUGAUGUUGAGUUGAAGGCUGUUCAUUAACUUUUUGCCUUUUUACAACAAUUUAGACACUUAAAUAUAGCGCUAGCAGUAACGAAUUAUAUUUUGCGGAAUUAUCACACUAACCGCACCUUUUUUGAUAAAUAUAUUGUAAUACACUUAU